GCCAAUGGCGUCAAAAAGCAAUUGAAGACAGCGAUGAGGACCCGUAUAUCAGAGGAUACAUUCCCAACCAUUUCAAGGAGGUAAACUACUGCAUUUGAGAAGAAGUAGAUAUGUUCCAGUUGCCGGAUUCUAACAGGAGCAAUUUUACAGUCAGAGAGUUUGUCAUUGUUGGUGGAGAACGGAGUCUUGAAGAACACUUUACAGAACUUUCUGUCUCCCUUCUGUUGGGCUACCUUAUAACUUUGAUAGGGAACCUUGUGAUUAUAGUUUUGGUACUGAUAGACCACAGACUUCACACCCCAAUGUAUUAUUUUCUUUGUAAUUUGUCUUUUGUUGACAUAUUGAUAACAACGGCUGUUAUCCCCAAAAUGUUAGCAGUAUGUUUGAUGAAUGACAAUGUGAUUUCAUUUGAGGGAUGCUUUUUACAGAUGUAUUGCUUUCUGUCUUUUGAAUGUACUGAAUGCUUUCUUCUGACUGCGAUGGCCUAUGACCGGUACAUUGCCAUAUGUAAGCCCCUGCAUUAUAGUACUAUUAUUACAGAGAGAAUGUGUGUCAUACUUGUAGCAAUCGCCUGGUUUUUAGGGUUGUUAGGGCCAUUCACGUCAGUGAUUUUAGCUGCUCAGUUGCCAUUUUGUGGACCAAACAAACUAAUCUAUUGGUUUUGUGAUUACCCACCUGUUGUUAAACUGGCCUGUACAGACACGACAUUUCUAAUCGAUCUGGCCCUUGCAAUUGCAAUGAUUAUAGUUUAUAUUCCAUGGUUGAUAAUUGUUUCGUCUUACAUUAGAAUAAUUAUAUGCAUUUUCAGAAUACCACCUGGUGAAGGUCGCCGUAAGGCUUUUUCAACUUGUUCUUCACAUCUCAUUGUUGUUCUUACAUAUUUUCUUUCCAUUGGAUUUGUUUACAUUGUUGUCAAGAUUGAAAAUAUAUCCUCUGAUACACGCACCUUACUCGCUGUAUGCAACUGCUUCAUAACCCCAAUGGCAAACCCCAUCAUUUAUAGUUUAAGAAAUAAAGAAAUAAGAGAUUCUUUUGUAAGACACACUGCAAUAAAUAAAGUGUUUCCUUGA